AUGGGGGACAAGGGCGCGACGAGGGGCUUCAUCACGACGAUUGCGCAGGGGCUGCCCGGGAAGUGGUUCCUAGUGGUGUCCACGGCGUCGCUCUCGUCCGGCGCCAUCUCGCCCUCCUUCCUCUCCUGGAACGAAUUCCAAGAGUGGUGGUGGCCGCAGCAACAAUUUUCUGUUUGGAGACGUCUCAAAACUCUCGUCCUGGGGGGGGCAUCUCGCUCUUCUUCCACUUCUGGAACGAGUUUCAAGAGUGGUGUUGGCCGCAGCAACAGCGAGCCGCCUCUUCGCCUCAACCCCUGUUUUGAGACGUCUCGCCUCUUGACUUUUGAGACGUCACAGAUUCUGUUUUUGGAACGUCUCAAAACUCUUAUGUGGCGCCAUCUCGCCCUCCUUCCUCUCCUGGAACGAGUUCCAAAAAUCGUGGUGGCCGCAGCAGCAGUGAACCGCCGUCUCCUCCCCCCUACGGCUUCUGCUCUCCACCUGUGCUUUCCUCCCUCCCUCCCUCCCUCCCUCCCUCCCUCCCUCCCUCCCUCCCUCCCUCCCUCCCUCCCUCCCUCCCUCCCUCCCUCCCUCCCUCAUUCCUUCAUUCCCUCCGUCCCUCCGUGUCUUACUCUCGCUGCAGCUUUGCUUAGGGUUGUUAUCCCUCCUCUCCAUCUCCUCCUCUCUCCACUUGUUAUCCCUUUUCCCAAACCACUCCUCACCCUCCCGCCACCCCGUCUCCACCCCUCCCCACCCGCUCCCCAACCCCCCACUCCUCCGCUCUCCCCUCGCCGCCACCCCCCGCCGUGCGCUAGUCAAAUCGUGGCCGUGGGGUACGGCUGCAACGUGUGGCGCGCAGCGUACGCGUCGCACGUGUUCGCGCUGCAGACGUGCAACUUCUUCCCGUCCUUCGACGCGGCCUCCAAGUACAUCGUGCGCCAGUCGGAGCAGGGCCUGCGCGUGACGGCGCUGGCGCAGGGCGCGGGGCAGUGGUUCGUGGUCAUGAGCAAGGGCGGCGCCAUGCCCGCGCUCUCGCAGGGGCUCGUCUGCUCCACCAGCCUAGCGGAUUUCAUCCGCACGUUCCAGCGGGUGCGGCCUCGCCUGCUCCACGAGCCUCCCGGAUUUCAACCAGACGUUCCAGAGGUUGACGGCGCGUGCGUGCGCUGCAUGAGAAACAUGCUUCCAAGCAGUCUCAAAACUCCUCUCCACAGUUUGCCCUCUCGUUAUUUCCUCCCCCCUCCUCCUUUACAUUUACCCCUAUUCCCACUCGGCCCCUCCCCUUUUCCUCCCCCACCUUUCCUCUUCCCCCUUCCCGCCCGUCCCUCUCUGCUCUGCCUUGGCAGGGAUUUGAGGAGCACGAUCGUGUGCCAACGUGUCUCGUGUAUGGGGACGGCCGAUGGGUGGGUGUAUGGAGUGCAGUCAGGGAGGGCGUAG